CUGCUCUCGUGUUCCUCAAUGGGCCAUUCCACAGUAAUGGCAUCCGACAAAUAGUCACGGCAGCCGGUGCUCCGGCUGUUGCACUCACGCGUUUGCCGUGUCCGAACCGACUAAUGGAAGGUCCGCGAGUCGCGGAUACUGCGGCGGCUUCGACCAUAAGAUCGGCGGUCAUUCCCCCUCGAGUGAGCUCGGGAUGGUUGUGUCCCAUCACUCAAUCAACGACGAUUGCCACUGAUGGCGCAGCCGCUGACCGCACAGCAACUGACCUCUGGAUGGUCCUUCAAGCAGGAAAACGAACCAGACGAUGCAUGGCUGCCAGUUGCCUCGGUGCCUACGAAUGUGCAUUUGGAUCUGAUCUACAACAAGAAAAUUUCGGACCCCUUCAUUGGCUUCAACGAGAUCGACGCCGAAUGGGUGGCUGAGAAGACCUGGGUCUACAGAGCCAAGCUUCCAGACGUAGCUCCCGCUCAAGAUGGCACUGUCACGUUCCUGGCAUUUGAUGGCCUGGACACCUACGCGACGGUGAAGCUCAAUGGAAAGACGAUCCUUACCAGCGAUAACAUGUUCGUCCCGCAUCGGGUAGACGUAACGAGCCAAUUGGAGCAUGGAUCGGACAACACCUUGGAGAUUGUGUUCUUGCCUGCCCUGGCAGAGGCGAAGAAGGUCAAGGAUGCGCAUCCUGAACACAAAUGGGUGGGCUUCAAUGCAGACAUGGCUCGGUUGGCUGUCAGGAAGGCCCAGUACCACUUUGGUUGGGAUUGGGGUCCGGUAUUGAUCACCUGCGGACCUUGGAAAGAAGUACGCCUUGAGACCUACCAGGCCAAAAUCUCUGACUUGCGUCUUGACUACAAGCUCGAAGAAGGCCUGAAAUCCGCGAACGGCACCAUCACGGCGUUCGUGGAAGGGAAGUCUGGCAAGAGCGUGAAAUUCAGCGCAGAAAUCGAUGGAAAAGUCGUCUUCAAUGCGACAACGGAUGUCGAUGCGGACGGGGUGGCGAAAGCAGAGUUCCGCGUCCAAGACCCCAAGCUUUGGUAUCCUCACGGAUAUGGUGCUCAGCCUUUAUAUAACGUGAGUGCCGCUGUUUCGACCGGCGAUGCGGGCCUGCAUACCGUGAAACAAAAGGUAGGUUUCAGGAAAGCGGAGCUCGUGCAACAACCCGACGAUGUUGGCAAAACGUUCUUUUUCCGCAUCAACGACAUUGACAUUUUCUGCGGCGGUUCCGAUUGGAUUCCUGCAGACAGCUUCACUCCUCGGAUCACAUCUGAGAGAUACCGAAAAUGGCUCAAUAUGAUGGUUGACGGUUACCAAGUUAUGAUCCGGGUUUGGGGAGGCGGCAUUUGGGAGACUGACGAUUUCUACUCCAUCUGCGACGAGCUUGGUGUUCUCGUGUGGCAGGACUUCAUGUUUGGGUGUGGCAACUACCCUGCUUUUCCGGAAAUGCGGGAAUCCAUCCGUCAAGAGGCGGUUGCCAACGUCAGGCGGAUCAGGCACCAUCCCGCGAUUGUCAUAUAUGCAGGGAACAACGAAGAUUAUCAGGUUCAGGAACAGUUCGGUCUGACGUAUGACUACGCGGACAAGGACCCGGAGAACUGGUUGAAGACAGAUUUCCCAGCACGCUAUAUUUAUGAGAAGAUUUUACCCGAAGUUGUCCAGGCGGAAAGUCCGCAUGUGGCUUACCAUCCUGGUUCCCCAUGGGGAGAUGGACUGGUGAGCUCUAACCCCACGCUGGGCGACAUGCAUCAAUGGAACGUAUGGCAUGGCACGCAAGAAAAAUACCAAAUUUUCGACACGCUCGGUGGGCGCUUCAACAGUGAGUUUGGCAUGGAGGCAUUCCCGCACAUUGACACGAUCAAGCAUUACGUUACGGACGAGUCGCAGCUUUUUCCUCAAUCCCACAUGCUUGACUUCCAUAACAAGGCCGACGGACAUGAGCGAAGGAUCGCGACAUACUUGGUGGAGAACUUUCGCACAGUCACAGACCUGGAGGGCUUCAUACAUCUGACGCAGCUGUCGCAAGCCGAAGCAUUGAUGUUCGGAUACAGAGGGUGGAGGCGCCAAUGGGGCCAGCGGAGGUUCUGCGGUGGGGCGUUGGUGUGGCAGCUUAAUGACUGCUGGCCAGUAACGUCGUGGUCGAUCGUGGACUACUUCCAGCGCAAGAAGCCUGCAUACUAUGCCAUGCGCAGGGUAUUGGCUCCAAUUGCGGUGGCGGUCAAGCGCGCACACCAUGACUGGAGCGUGGUGCACGCGCGCCCCGCCAAGACGAGCGGCUGGGAGGUCUGGGUCUCGAGCAGCAGGGCGGCAGAGGUGCAGGCGACGGUCGAGCUGCGCUUCGUCUCCAUCGCGACGGGCAGGGACAUCAAGGCGGCGGUGGUGAAGAGGGACGUCACGAUCCUCGCUAACGGCACGACGGACCUGCUCUCCGGCACCAUCGACAACAGCCACGAGGAGCCGCAUGUGCUGGCUGCGCGCAUCUGGGUGGACGGCGAAAUCGUCAGCAGGGAUACCGACUGGCCCCAGCCGCUCAAGUACCUCGACUUUGACGACCGCGGCGUCGAGGUCGCGCGCGAGGGCAGCCGGAUGCGCGUCACGGCGGCCAAACCCACCAAGGGCCUGGUGUUCGAGGAGCGCGAGGGCGUGCUCGUCGACGACAGCGCGAUCGACGUGGUGCCGGGGGACGAGCAGGUCGUCACGGUCAAGGGAUUGGGCGCAAGCCACGCACCGCUGCGGUGGAGGUACCUGGGUCAGACUUGAUAGCCGGAGCGCAUGACAUGCAGAGCCUUUUGACGGUAUGGGUGUAGCGCAGGCUGGGCCUGUGGUGUGCGGAUGAGCUGAUAUGCUCAGCUGGAGCGAUGGAGGGACCGGCUGGAGCCGGGGGCGGCGCGCGCGCAAAGAGAGGUGAGGGGUAGCGGUGGUUCGUAGGUAGGCCAGCGCCAAGCAUAUGACGGCUAUAAUCAACGUUACGGAAAAGGC